AUGGACAUGGAAAGAUGGUGCAAAUCAGGAAAUGGAGGGGCAGCCGAAAUGUGUUGUUGUUGGAGCAAACGACAUCCAGCCAGAGAUUAUGAUCGUUUUGUGUCUUACAAAGUUGUGUCCAAAAAAUCAUCAAAAGCAUCCAUCUGGACACAGUUGUGGAGGAAGCUCAAGAGUAAAAAGAAGAAAAUACUGAUGGAAUGUGGUUCAAGUACUGCUUCCGCUGCUUCAAUGAGGUUUUCCUAUGAUCCCUUUUCUUAUUCUCAGAACUUCGAUCAGGGCUUCACAUUGGAUGAUCCUGAUGAGCAGCUCUCCAGACUAUCAUUUUCAGCUCGGUUUGCAGUUCCAUCCAGAAUUAGCUUUGACCAAGAUGUAUUAGUGGUUUAGAUUAACCUACAUGCACUACACUUUUGAUCGAUUCCUUUUUUUCAUUCUUCUUCCUAAUCAUAUCAACUAGCUAUAUAUGGACAUAGUCAGAAGUACUUGUGUUAGUGUUCAUUUUGAGGUUGAUCAUUUUCACCUAUACGUAUGCUUUAAUUCUGGAAUUCUCUCUUCACUAUGCUUUGCUUCCCACCAGUCAAUCUACGUUAUGACUUGAAUUUAAAUUUGGGUGGAAGAAAAGUAUGUGUGAUUUCUGGAUUUGCC